AUGUCAACUGGCUACCACAAGAUCACUCAAUUUAUGAUUCAGCAUAAAGAAAUGGCGGUAUUCAGCCGUUUUGAGUAUCUCCAGGUGCUCAAAACAUUGGUUUUGCAAGGCGAAUUGGCCAGCCUUGAGGAAGAUAUCAAGAAGGAACUUGGGCCACAAGAAAUAGUUCCGUCGCGAUUAAGCUUAGACUUAAGACCAGGGGAUUUGAAUAUUGAGCUACAGUCACUUAGUUCGAGAGUAAGUAGAUCGACUAGAAGCGACAGUGAGGUUGAUAGCGAUUCGGACGUUGAUAGCGACGAAGACUCUGGGAAAAUCGAUGCGGUGGAAGGAAUAGAUCCGAGAAGAGACAUUUAUUUUCUCCAAAAAAUGAAUUCUACAGAAAACGUAUGGAAGAAUAUCGUUCUGGCGAACGAGAAGCUGGACGAAUAUAACAAGGCAAUUCGCGAUCUCGAAGCCAUGUAUUCAAGGGAUCCGCCCUGCGAAUCGACGCAUACCUUUCUCAAACACUGGUUCAUGUGUCGAAAUCUUGGGAAUAGUCCAAUAAUGGGUGUGGAUUGUGUGAUCUAUCGCGAGAAUACGCCAAGAACAUCUCUGAUGUCCAUUUUCCCAGCGAAGGAUCCCGAUGCACUGUCAAAUUUCUUCUUGAAAAUCUUUAAGAAAUUCUUUCACAACAAAAUAGGGCGACAUUUCGGACGGAGCCGAGUUCGUGUCGGUACUGAUCCUGAGAUGAGUGGCUCUGGUGGCUACUUCUAUUACCGUGAUGAAGGGUUCAUGAGAAUGGCAGAUAUCGUGGGUUCAUUGAUCUCCAGCAUUUGGCUGGUCACUAGCAUUGUUAUUCUGUAUUUUUUGAGAGACAUGAGAUCACGGUUGGCGAUUAUUGCGGUUUUCACGGUUGGCUUUAGUCUGAUCUUAAGUCUUUUGACACGUGCACGGAGAGCUGAAGUUUUUGGUGGCAGUGCUGCGUGA